AUGGGUAGUGGCAGAAAAGGCAACUUAAACCAACCGCAUGGAACAAUGUUGGUAAUUUACUGGCUCCCCCAUAACCGAGAAGUUCUGGGAUACACUGGACAUUUCUCAGGCCCUAUCGUUUCCCCUGCAGCUCUCUCAGCUCUGCCUCCACGUGUGUCUGCUUUGUGUCAGGCCAGCUUCCUCCAUGGCGGCGGGGCAGCCCUCAUCAUCAGCACUCAGGGCAAACGCUGCCUUGCUCCCAUCUGGAGUUACGGCAAGAGCAGUUUCCUGCAGUCCUGGCAGGAGAGUCUGAAGGGGUGGCUCUGCCUGGACCACCACAGCCAAGGAAAUGCCCAGGUCGACUCCUGA